CUCUAGAAUCUCAUUAAUUCUGGAUACGUUUUAGGACUUAAAUAUUAGGAUUCAACUUUAACUCCAGUUUGGAAGGAGAGCAGAAGAAAGUUAGUUGGAGUUUUGUGCUGGUGAAUCACUUUUACAUGGAGUUGAAGAGGAGGAUCCGCCGCACUCACCAGCAAUAAAGUCACAUCUAUGAGAGAGCGGACAGGUGUGGUGGUGAAGGUGUUGGUGUUGGUGUUGGUGUUGAGUCGUGGAACUUCCAGAAAUCAGAAGAAUGAGGAUGUAAGCUGAGGACCAGAAGACCAGCAGUGUUGAUGAAAUAAUGUCCAUGCAGACUUCUACCCCCUAGCACUAUGAGUGUUAGAAGAUCUUUGGGUUCCUGUGUAUACCCCGGUUGGAGGUGUGGAUGCCGCUGUAGGUUCUGAUGGAGCUGCAGGCGAUCUGCAGCCUGUUUUACUGCUUUCUGCUGCCCACUGGACUGCUGGCAGCAUGUGUGUUCCGCUACAACGCCCUCUCUCUAGUCUACCUGCUGUACCUGCUGCUCCUGCCAUGGUUCAUCUGGCCCAGCAGACGCGCUGUGAGAGGACACACGGGACUGUUCGUGGCUCUGGUUUUCAGCAGCAGUUUGCUGUUCCUGGUGGCCCACGGCUCGUUCCAGAUCUGUCUCUACACCGUUCCUGAACUGGACGAAGCUCUGGGACACAACUGUACCAAAUGGGAGACCCUGUCCGGGCAAAUCGGAGUGUCCAGGUUGCCCCUUGACGAUCCCUGGAACAUUGUGCGACUCCUGUCUCCGGAUCUGGGCGUGUUCAUCCUGUCCCUCAUCACGCUGGUGCUGUGUAAGUGCCUGCUGAAGAGAAGAGAGGCGGGGUCGACAGCACUCGCCGCGUCCGCUGAGAAUGUUGGAACAGAUGAGGAAGAGCAGGAUGAGAAGGAGGAAGAGGAAGACGAUGAUGAAGAAAAGGAAGAUGUUAAACUGGAGGAGAGGACCAGAGCAGCAGCUCAGCUUUGUGCUCGUUUUAGAGCUUUUGCACGACGCUUGUUCCACACCAUGGGGAAGCUGCUGACUGUCGCCCUGCUGGGGGUCGCAGGUAUCACGCUACCUUCAGCCUUCUCCUCCAUUUACUUCCUGCUCUUCAUUGGAAUCUGCACUUGGUGGGCCUGCCACCUUCCCAUCAGCCAGCUGGGCUUCAACGCGCUGUGUGUGAUGGUGGGCUUGUUCACGGCCGGUCACCUGGUGUGUUUGUACCUGUACCAGAGCAUCCUGGCGCAGAACUUCCUAAACCCGAGCAGCUUGUGGGCCAGGCUCUUCGGACUGAAGGACAUCAUCUCCCCUGCUAACUGCUCCGCCACCUCCUACGACCUCGUCAUCAACACCGAACACGACUGGCCGGUGUACGUCAACCCCGGCGUCCUCUUCCUCCUCUACAUCACCGUGGUAACCGUCUUCAAGAUCGGCAGUGCCGCUCACCCCGACCAGGUUGACAGAGCUGACCGGAGUAAGGAGGGAGAGGAUUUGGAGCUGAAGCCGUGGGGGGCAGACAGGAGAAGCUCCAGUGAGGAUGACACUAAGCAAAUGCUGCUGGAUACGAGUGAAAGUCCCGGCCAGGAAUCCGACACUAACGCCAAAGUUCAGAGCACUAACGGUUCCAGUCAGCAUGAUCUAGGACCUGGGAUGGACACUGCGGAGGAGCAGGAGCAGGAAGUGGACAGUCCUCUGCUAUCAGUAGGGAGGAUGAUCAUGCAGCAGAGUUAUAUCUGCGCUCUCAUCGCCAUGAUGGUGUGGAGUAUAACCUACCACAGCUGGCUGACGUUUGUGCUGCUGUUGUGGGCGUGUCUGAUAUGGAUGCUGCGGGCGCGUCGACACGCCGCCAUGCUCUUCUCGCCCUUCAUCCUGCUCUACGGCAUCGGCCUGUGUGGUCUGCACUACGUCUGGGCCAUGGACCUGGAACCCGAGUUGCCCACGCGUGUGGGCUUCAUGAGUCUGAGGCAGCUGGGACUCGAUCAGACUCCUUAUCCUUGUUUACGUCUCGGAGCCAUGCUGCUGUUCACCCUGACAUUCUGGCUGCUUUUAAGACACUCGGUAAAGGACAAGUUUGGCAGGAGAAAGACGCAGGACUUUCCUCUGCAGGAGGUCACCACCGGAGAGGGUGCGGGUCAGGACGACUCCUUCCUGAAGCUGCUGGGUAGAGUGGUGAUGAGUCUGCAUGCUAAGUACUGGAUCUAUGUGUGUGGAGGCAUGUUCAUCAUGGUGAGCUUUGCUGGAAAACUGGUGGGCUACAAGAUAGUCUACAUGCUGCUCUUCCUGCUCUGCAUGUGCCUCUACCAGGUUUACUACGCUCUGUGGCGGAGACUCUUAAAGCCCUUCUGGUGGUUGGUGGUGGCCUACACCAUGCUGGUGCUGAUCGCCAUCUACACCUACCAGUUUGAGGACUUCCCUGAUUACUGGAAGAACUUCACCGGCUUCACCGAGGACCAACUGGCUGAUAUCGGCCUGGAGACGUUUAAACUGUCCGAGCUCUUCACCAGUAUCCUGAUCCCGGGUUUCUUCCUGCUGGCCUGUAUCCUGCAGCUUCACUACUUCCACAGCCGCUUCAUGGAGAUCACCGACCUGGAGAACGUCACACCCCUGCACAGGAGGAGAUCAGCCGUGAUGCCGGAGGUGCUGCAGAGUUCAGAAGGAGGAGGUUUUGAGGAGGAGGAUGAAGACCUGACGGCACAUCUGGACGACGAGCAGUCAGAGGAUGGAGUGAUGGUACCCAGUAAGUGGGGCUUGGUGAUGGACAGACUCAUGGUGCUCUUCAGGAAGUUCUCUGAUGUUCUCACCCACCUUCAGGCUUUUCUCUGGAGGAUCCUGGAGCUCCACAUCAUCAAGAUCGUCGCGCUCUUCAUCAUCUGGGUGGCGCUGGAUGAGCCGUCGGUGAUGAACCUGGUGUUGGUGGUGCUGUGGUCGUUCGCGAUGCCGUUCGGUCGGUUCAGACCCAUGGCCUCCUGCCUCUCCACCGUCUGGAUCUGCGUGAUCAUCGUCUGUAAGAUGCUCUACCAGCUCAGCAUCGUGAAACCUGAGGAGUACUCCAACAACUGCACCCUGCCUCUAAAUAACGAGACGAGUCUACAGGUCGGCGAGAUCCUGAACUCCACACUUUAUAGAGCUCCUGUAGAUCCAGCCAACUGGUUCGGCUUCAGGAAGGACGCCACCGCUUUAGGCUACAGUAAGAACCAUCUGAUGGCGCUGCUGCUGCUGGUGUUCGAGGCGACGGUGUACCGACACCAGGUCCAUCACUAUAAACAGCUCCAGCGCUCUCCUCCCUCCAUCCCGGCCGUCUUCCCCCAGUCCACCCGGGAUAAGCUGGACCAGGGUCUGCUGCCCUGCAUCAAGUAUUUCAUCAACUUCAGCUUCUACAAGUUCGGACUCGAGAUCUGCUUCCUGAUGAUGGUGAAUGUGAUCGGUCAGCGCAUGAACUUCCUGGUGAUUAUUCACGGCUGCUGGUUGGUGGCCAUAAUGGUGCGGCGGCGCCGGGCGGAUAUCGCGCAGGUCUGGCCCAAAUACUGCGUCUUUCUGGUCAUCUUCAUGAUCUACCAGUACGUCCUGUGUGUGGGGAUACCUCCUGCUCUCUGUCUCGAUUACCCCUGGAGAUGGAAAAGCACCAUCACCAUCAACUCUCCCUUGAUUAAGUGGAUCUACCUUCCUGAUUUCUACACCAUUCCCAACUCCAGGAACCUGAUCGCGGACUUCCUGCUGCUGCUGAGCGCCUCGCUGCAGUGGACGGUGUUUGAGAACGAGAAGAAGGAGGAAUGGAUGGUGAUGGGUGGAGAAAAUAAGGACAACCCCGACCCCAUGGAGGGCAUGUUGUUCAACCCAGCACCCAAUUUCAUCAACUGCAGGUCGUACCUGGACAUGGCGAAGGUGCUGGUGUUCCGUUACCUGUUCUGGUUCGUGCUGUCGGUGGUGUUCGUGACGGGCUCGACCCGGAUCAGUAUAUUCGGGUUGGGUUACCUGCUGGCCUGCUUCUUCUUUCUGCUGUUCGGCCGGCGGCUCAUGGUGAAACCGUCCCGUACCCGGCUUCUGCUGUGGGACUGUCUGAUCAUCUACAACGUGGGGGUCAUCAUCGCCAAGAACACUCUGUCUAUUCUGGCCUGUGUGUUUGUAUCUGAGAUGCAGGCUCGGUUCUGCUGGGUGAUUCAGCUCUUCAGUCUCGUCUGCACCGUCAAAGGCUACUACGAUCCCUUGUCCGUGAGUGAUAAAGAGUGCAAUUUACCCAUCGAGGAGGCGGGUAUAAUCUGGGACAGCAUCUGCUUCUUCUUUCUCCUGCUGCAGCGGAGAAUCUUCAUCAGCUUCUAUUUCCUCCAUGUGACGGCGGAUCUGCAGGCGUCUGCGCGCCAGGCCUCACGAGGGUUCGAGCUGUUUAAAGCCAGCAUCAUAAAGAACGUACGUUUUUAUCAGCAGGCCGAGAAGAAAUCCAUUCAGCAGCUGAAGAGCUCGAUGAAGAGAAUUCGUGAUAAACAGCAGCGACAUAAAGAGGGACGCAAACCGUCCGAAAGAGAACCAUCAGAAACCCAAGAGAAAGAGAAACCGGGAAGGAAGAAGAAAGAGUGGUACCGUCCGUGGAUCGAUCAUGCAACCGUGUUACAUUCGGGGGAUUAUUACCUGUUCGAAUCAGACAGCGAGGACGAGGACGUUUUGGAGGAAGAUCAGAAAAAUCAGAGACAAUCUGCAUUUCAGUUGGCGUAUCAGGCGUGGGUGAGCAGUGCUAAACAGGCGUUACGAGAGCGACAGCAGAGACAGAAGGAACAGAGACUGGAGAGAGAGAGACGUCGCGCUCCUUCCCGAGGCUCGGGUGACGGGUCAGUGUUCGAGGAGGAGCAGAGAUCUCAGGAGGAGGACGCCGAGCCUGAAGGGGACGCAGAGGAGUCAGGUUCCGGCAGCGAUACGGUGCAGAGGAUUCUGGACGUGCUGAAGUUCCUCUGGGUUUUAUUCCUGACCAUGGUGGACAGUUUCACUCUGUGGCUCAACAUGCUGACCAAGCAGUACGUGGACACGUCGACCGUGCUGUCCGAUGAGCGCUACAUGCUCAUCCACAAGAUCAGCCAGAUGCCCUCGAGUGACCCGACAGACGACCUGCUUUCUCAGGGCAGCGACAUGGUCACACUGGACACGUGUCUGGACGAGACCGAUACCGACUUUAACAUCAGUGGAGCGGUCAGCGUCGCUGAGCUGGAGGGCGCGGCCGACACGGAGGACGGACGACCUCGCAGCCCCGACACCUCGCUCUGUUCCCAGCCCACUAUAGACCUGGAGUCCGAAAGUCAGGAGCUUCGCCACCAGCGCCGAUCCAGAACAGCCAGCGAACUGCUCACAGAAAGGUCGUACGCCAUCGAGGAGCUGGUACAGAGCCGUGACUUCUACGUCUCUCAGAACCGGCUGCUGAAACUGACCUUCGCUCUGUGUAACGUGGUGGCCGCUCACUCGGAGCUGGUCUGCUACUUCAUCAUCGUCCUCAACAACGUGGUCACCGCCUCCGUCAUUUCGCUGGUGCUGCCCGUCCUGGUGUUCCUGUGGGCCAUGCUGUCCGUCCCGCGCCCCUCCAAGCACUUCUGGAUGACCGCCAUCAUCUAUACGGAGGUGAUGGUGGUGCUGAAGUACCUCUUCCAGUUCGGGUUCUUUCCCUGGAACAGUGAGUACGAGCUCAGGCUGAACGAGAACAAGCCCUACUUCCCCCCUCGCAUCCUCGGCCUGGAGAAAACCGACAACUACAUCCGCUACGACCUGGUACAGCUGCUGGCGCUCUUCUUCCACCGAUCCUUACUGCAGCGUUAUGGACUGUGGGACCAGGAGGGACCUCUGGAGGACAAGAGCAGUCACGCUGCAGAGGAGGAGAAGACCACGACGGUGACAACAAAAACUAAGGAGGAGGAGGAAAAGGAGGUGGAGGAUAAACCAUCGGAUGUCGCUGAGGAGUUGCAUCCUCUGACAGACGUAACGACGGGAGCUCAGACUGAACCAGAACCAGAGCCGAUCCAGAGCGCAGAAAUCACACCCGAGCCGAAGGAGAGCCGGAAGAAGGGUGGACUACUGCGCUUCCGAAAAAAGAAACCGGCAGAUAAAUUAGAUGAAGAUGCUGCACCAGCGGAGCCCAAGAAGAAAAAGAAAGCCAAGGGUCGGCGUGGGAAAGAAGCCGGCAAGAAACUGAAAGCUGUGGGAGAAAAACUGAAGGACGUUUUCAUCUCUGUCGUCAACAGCCUCUAUAAACCAGGACACACGUUCAUCCACAACAUCCUGCACACCGAGUACCGUGCGGCUACCGACGUAUACGCUCUGAUGUUCCUCACCGACGUGGUGGACUUCAUCGUCGUGGUGUUCGGUUUCUGGGCUUUUGGAAAAUAUUCGGCGGCGGCGGACAUCGCGGCGACUCUUUCAGACGACCAGGUUCCUGAAGCGUUCCUCGUCAUGCUCCUGAUCCAGUUCAGCACCAUGGUGAUCGACCGAGCUCUGUACCUGCGCAAAACCGUGCUGGGAAAACUCAUCUUCCAGAUCCUUCUGGUGCUCGGUAUUCACAUCUGGAUGUUCUUCAUCCUCCCAGCCGUCACCGAGCGGAUGUUCAGUCAGAAUUUCGUGGCUCAGCUCUGGUACUUUGUGAAGUGCAUCUACUUCACGCUGUCGGCGUAUCAGAUCCGCUGCGGCUAUCCGACCCGCAUUCUGGGAAACUUUCUCACCAAGAAGUACAACCACCUCAACCUCUUCCUCUUCCAAGGGUUCCGCAUGGUGCCGUUCCUGGUGGAGCUCCGGGCCGUGAUGGACUGGGUGUGGACCGACACCACUCUGUCUCUCUCUAACUGGAUGUGUGUGGAAGACAUUUACGCCAACAUCUUCAUCAUCAAGUGCAGCCGAGAGACCGAGAAGAAAUAUCCCCAACCCAAGGGCCAGAAGAAGAAGAGGAUAGUGAAGUACGGGAUGGGUGGGCUGAUUAUCCUCUUCCUCAUCUGCAUCAUCUGGUUUCCACUACUCUUCAUCUCGCUGGUGAGAUCCGUGGUGGGCGUGGUCAACCAUCCCGUGGACGUAACGGUGACGAUCAAGCUGGGAGGUUACGAGCCGCUGUUCACGAUGAGCGUGCAGCAACAGUCUAUCCAGCCUUUUACUCCUGACGAUUACGACCAGCUCACCAAGCAGUUCGAAAAGAAAGCGGUGGCGAUGCAGUUUAUAACGCUGUACGGUUACGAGGACAUCGUAACGGCCAACAUCGAGGGCAGUUCGGGCUCGGUGUGGAGAAUCAGUCCCCCCAGCAGACAGGAAGUCAUCAAGGAGUUGCUGAACAGCUCGGCAGACAUGACGCUCCUCCUGUCCUGGAACUUCCAAAGGGACCUGGGGAAAGGCGGAACAGUGGAGAACACCUACGACAAACACUCCAUCGAUCUGGAGGCCGGAGAUCCCGUGAGAGCGGAUCUGGCCUCGCUGCUGCUGGGGAAUCGAAUCCAGCCUGUUCGGGUGCCGCACAUGUUCCCCAACUACAUAAGAGCCCCGAACGGAGCGGAGGCCAAACCUGCGAUUCGGCUGUACGAAGGAGAGGAGGAGGGCUUUCAGGACAUCACGCUGUCUCUCGUGAGGGACGGCUCACCGAACAGUAUCGGAGCUCGGGAGUGGUGGGACGUCGCCGUCGCCGACUGCGAGGACUCUGUGGAAGCCUGCAGGGUUUUACCCAUGGUCAUCUUCAGCGACAAAGUCAGCCCGCCCAGUCUGGGGUUCCUGGCCGGAUACGGGAUCAUGGGAAUGUACGUGUCGGUGGUGCUGGUGAUCGGCAAGUUCGUGCGAGGCUUCUUCAGCGACAUCUGUCACUCCAUCAUGUUCGAGGAGCUGCCGUGCGCCGACCGCAUCCUUAAGCUGUGCACGGACGUCUUCCUGGUGCGCGAGACGGGCGAGCUGGAGCUGGAGGAGGAGCUCUAUUCCAAACUCAUCUUCCUGUACCGCUCACCAGAGACCAUGAUCAAAUGGACCCGAGAGAAGGACGACGACGACUGACCGGCGCCGACCGACCUGCCGGCUUCGGUUCCGGGUCAGGGGGACGGAAGAGUCCGGAGUGACCCGGAGCUCUACGAACACGGAAAGAGACGCCGACGGACUCGGGGGAUUUUCCAAACGGUGGUGGUUUACAUAGACUUUUAUUAGAAUCAGCCCGAGCUCCAGCGAGGGCGCGGAAUCUGGUCGAGGCAUUGGGGGGGGGGGUUAACAUAUCGGGAGAGGACGGGUCAGGCAGUACAGCGAACACUAUCGUAACGUAAUCGGGUGAUCCAUCACACGAGUUCAGACACAAACGGUUCAAACCGACGGCGAACACGUGGCCGAUUAAGCGAGGCCGACGAGUCCGAUGGAGCCACUGACCGGCCGUGAUCGAAACACUAAUACCGAUUUAUCACCAAGUGCCUCUCUCUGCGAACACUGGGGUUAGUAAGAGCAGGUCGCUAAACCGAACGUACGAUCUAAAACAAGUAAAACGCCGUCUCGGGACCGCACGACUCCUUCUGCACUUUAAAACUCUGCUGCUGCAGAACACACAAACACGGAACGUGACCGCGUUUUAGGGACACUUUUAUCUCGGAGCUAAGUUUACGAUUUUUAUUUAGUUCGUCUCGACCGCCGAUCUGCUUCGACUGUGCCAGCUCACUCUGGCGGCAGGAUUCCUCUCCGGCCAGCCGCCCGUGUUCUGAACUACGGUUAUAUCUUAUAGGUCUUAUAUUUUCCAGAGAGGUCCGUGACUGGCGAACGGAGCCGACGCGACCUUUAGGACCGAAAACCGCAAAACCGUCCGGCCGAUCCCGUAAAGGAUUCAAACCUUUCUGUAGAACCUGAUCUAGAAUAACUAGUCGAAGGCAGGAAAUGAUGUCAAAAUGUUGGAUUUUAUUGUCAGAUUAAAAACAUUUUGAACAAACA